UCAACAUGGCUGCCCCCAUGGAUGUUCCGUUGCAUCACGUCCGAGGAGAAACUUGUAGCACAAGACCGACUUAUAGAGAAGGAAGAAACCCAAAGGCCGUCAAAGUGUACACUGUUAACCUUGAGUCUAGCUACCUCCUGGUACAGGGCGUUCCAGCUGUAGGAGCAACACAGGAACUUAUCAAGUUAUUUGCUCUGUAUGGUGCAAUAUCAGAGUACAGAUUUCUGGAUGAAUAUCCAACAGCUGAUAAAUUCACAGAUGUAUACCUCAUUAAGUUCGAACGAAUUCAGGCAGCAAGAAUUGCUAGGAGGAAAUUGGAUGAUUGGUCAUUUUUUGGGGGCAUUCUGCAUGUAAGUUACGCACCAGAAAAUGAAAGUGUGGAAGAAACUCGUCUAAAACUACAGGAUCGAAGGAAAGCCAUUGCUGUGAGGAUCAGGAAAAAUGAAGCUGAGAGUGGCAAACCCAGAGUCAACAACAGUGGUACAUCUGGCCAAUCACAGAUGGCUAUAUCAGGUCAGAGGUCAAGUUCUCAAGGUCAGAGGUCAAAUCAAUGGUCUACAGAUAGACAAUCUCAUAUAAAAUCAUUCCAAGACAGUAAGUCUUCAGAAACACGUGUUCCUAGGGAUAAAACUUCCACUGGGGGGCCGGCUGACAGGACUCGUGAAGGUGACACUCGCGUUCCUCCGCCAUCAUCUAAGGCAGAUAUUCUACCAUUGGAGGAGGAACAACAGAUUUGGAUUCCACCUCCUCCAAAAGAGAUGGCUUACAGAGAAAAUUCACAUCACUCAACAACAGAUUAUGAGUUCGCGCGAGUGAGAACAGCUCACUCUGUGUACCCAGCCGAUUAUGAUGCUAGAAUUUCGACAGGUUCUGACGAAACGAAAAAAUAUCCAGGUGCAUACACGCAGCAAAAAUGGGAAGAAAAUCCAGAAAAAAUGCCUAAAACUAAUAAAGACUUCAAAGAAAGGUUUCAGAAACAAAAUUUGACAAAGGGAGAUAAUGCAGACGACACUAAACAAAAAGUUGGUAGUAACCGUAAUACCGAUCAGAGUAUUGUUAAAUAUUCGGAAGUAAAAACUCAGGCAGGUGUUGUUGUCCGUACAUUCAAACCACAGACAGCACCUCCGAAAUUUGUUCCACGACAGAUGCUGAAUUUAUCAAAAAAGACUGUACACAAUUCAGUUAAUGCUCAGAAGGAUGAAGUGAACAAAGAGCUUAGACAAAAUGCUUUAAAACUUCGGGAACUUCAUGGGCCUGUAGCUCGGGGUCAGGACAGAGUUCAGGAACCAGUAAAACCUACGGAAGCUGAGGAAUCCAUGGAGAAGACAAGGUCACAGAUUAGGAAACGUGUCUCUGAGAUUACCAGUGCUGAGGAAAGCGUGACGAAGAAAGCUAAAUCAAGCUGACAGUACCUUGGUGUAACAUCUGUUAUAUUUAUUGCUCUAUUUAAUUCUGUCUCCUUAAAAUAAAAUGUUUUCAAAAAC